AUGGGGGCGGGGGUGAGCGUGCUGACCACCCUGGAGCGCAGGUUCAACCUGCAGAGCGCGGACGUGGGCGUGAUCGCCAGCAGCUUCGAGAUCGGGAACCUGGCGCUGAUCCUGUUCGUGAGCUACUUCGGGGCGCGGGGUCACCGGCCGCGCCUCAUCGGCUGCGGCGGCAUCGUGAUGGCACUGGGCGCCCUGCUCUCGGCGCUACCAGAGUUUCUCACUCACCAGUACAAGUACGAGGCAGGCGAGCUGCGCUGGGGCGCCGAGGGCCGCGACGUGUGCGCCCCCAACGCCUCCAGGGGACCCCCCGGGCCCGCCCCGGACCUCAUCUGCCGCAACCGGACGGCCACCAACAUGAUGUACCUGCUGCUCAUCGGGGCGCAGGUGCUGCUGGGCAUCGGUGCUACCCCUGUGCAGCCCCUGGGCGUGUCCUACAUCGACGACCACGUGCGCAGGAAGGACUCCUCGCUCUACAUAGGGAUCCUGUUUACGAUGUUGGUGUUCGGACCGGCCUGUGGGUUUAUUCUGGGCUCUUUCUGUACCAAAAUCUACGUGGAUGCCGUCUUCAUCGACACGAGUAACCUGGACAUCACCCCCGAGGACCCGCGCUGGAUCGGAGCCUGGUGGGGCGGCUUCCUGCUGUGCGGUGCCCUGCUCUUCUUCUCCUCCCUCCUGAUGUUCGGCUUCCCGCAGACGCUGCCCCCCCACGCGGACCCCACCCUGGAGAGCGAGCGGGCCAUGCUCCCCGACAGAGAGUACGAGCGGCCCAAGCCCAGCAACGGGGUGCUCAGACACCCCCUGGAGCCCGACAGCAGCGCCUCCUGCUUUGCGCAGCUGAGAGUGAUCCCCACCGUGACAAAGCACCUGCUCUCCAACCCCGUGUUCACCUGCAUCACCCUGGCUGCUUGCAUGGAGAUCGCCGUGGUGGCCGGCUUCGCGGCCUUCCUGGGAAAGUACCUGGAGCAGCAGUUCAACCUCACCACCUCCUCUGCCAACCAGCUGCUCGGGAUGACGGCCAUCCCCUGUGCCUGCCUGGGCAUCUUCCUCGGGGGCCUCCUGGUGAAGAAGCUCAGCCUGUCAGCCCUGGGCGCCAUCCGCAUGGCCAUGCUGGUCAACCUGGUGUCCACCGCCUGCUACGUCUCCUUCCUCUUCCUGGGCUGCGACACGGGACCCGUGGCGGGGGUGACCGUGCCCUACGGAAACACCUCGGCCCUGGCCCCCCACUCACCCUGCAAUAACCACUGUGCGUGCCAGACAGACUCGUUCACACCCGUGUGCGGGAGCGAUGGCACCACCUACCUGUCUGCCUGCUUCGCCGGCUGCAACAGCACGAACCUCACAGGCUGUGCGUGCCUCACCACCGUCCCCUCCGAGAACGCCACUGUGGUCCCAGGGAAGUGCCCCAGCCCCGGGUGCCAGGAGGCCUUCCUCACCUUCCUGUGCGUGAUGUGUAUCUGCAGUAUGAUCGGCGCCAUGGCCCAGACGCCCUCCGUCAUCAUCCUCAUCCGGACAGUCAGCCCCGAGCUCAAGUCUUACGCCCUGGGAGUUCUGUUUCUCCUCCUCCGUUUGUUGGGCUUCAUCCCCCCACCGCUGAUCUUCGGGGCUGGCAUCGACUCUACCUGCCUUUUCUGGAGCACGUUCUGUGGGGAGCAAGGGGCCUGCGUCCUCUACGACAACGUGGUCUACAGAUACCUGUACGUGAGCAUCGCCAUCGCGCUCAAGUCCUUCGCCUUCAUCCUCUACACCACCUCCUGGCAGUGCCUGAGGAGAAACUAUAAACGCUACAUCCUCAACCACGAGGGCGGGCUGAGCACCAGCACAGAGUACCAAGACAUUGAGGCUGAGAAAACGUGCCCUGAGUCCCAGUCACCUUCAGAAGCCUCCUUUGGGAAAAGCUGAGGGGCUCCACUUCCGGCAGAGAACAGCCCGCCAGCCACCCACAGACUGAGCGGGCCUGACUUAGCGUGCCCUGGCCUGCCCCAGAAUUAAGGGGUCCCGUGGGAUUGUUGGACUGUACGCUCCUUUGAGGCCCCAAAGCACAGGCCUGUGACAAGGACCAAGGAGGUGAUCUGUGGCCACCAGUGGCCCCAGAGAGGGGGCAUUCCUCCUCCCUUGGUUGCUAAAGAAUCAACGCUGGCCUGGUGUGCCCGUCUCCCUCUCUCUCCAUCCUCUGGCUUGGGUGGGGGAUGGCUCACUGAUGAUGCUUUCUGAAACCUCUUCUUGACGUUGCUUUCCCUCACCGAGGGCUCCAGCGGUUCCAAAGAAACCAGCCGAGGCUGAAUUUAACUAGGAGGGGUAAAAAGAUAAAAGAACAAUCCCCGUUUCACAGACUAGAGGAGAAGGAAUACAGACUCAGGAGACUCUGAGUGUGGUAUUCUGUAUUUUGGCAGCUUCUUAUUUUCCAGAUGAGCAGUUUAGAAAUAUAUGAUAUAAAGUACAUACUGUA